AUGGAGCUCCUCACUCGUAAUUCACGUCUUGGCUCUUUCUCCUUCGUUGGACGUCAUGUGCCAUGGGUUUUUCACAAUUGUCGAACCCUUCGUAACUUUCCAAUUAAAAUCUUGUGUCGCAAUCAAAAAUUUAUUCGCAAAGCGGCAGGAAAUUAUUUCGAAGUUGAACGAGAAUGGAAUGUCGGAAUCGUGCUUAAACCGUCCGAAGUCAAGUCACUUCGAGAUCAAAAUGCCGAUGUAUCAACUGCUUUUGGAGCUUUUUACAAACAGGAAUUAUUCCUACACGAUAUGAACAUUCCAGUUUGGCGUGAGGGAUUAAUUGGACGUCCGGAACCUACACGAGUGCGUAAAUUACUAGCACAUCGAGCAGAGUUGAAGAAAAUGGAAGAGUUUAGUACUCGUCCUAAUGCUCAAUUGAUUCCAGUACGGAUCGAAGUUGGCAACACUGGAUGGAUCAAGGUAAUUAUGGCAGCGUGUUUCAAACGUGGCCAAAUUGACAAUCGCCGACGUGAUGACCAAAGAGAAAUCAAACGUCAGCUACGUGAAUGGUAA